UGAAUGCUGAGGGGCUUCCGUUUUUUGAAGAAAUAUUUCAGAAACAGCCGUUUUUUCGAUUUUCGAUUCCACUUACUCCUUUUGUUGCUUGUGAUUUGCACUUCUGUUUUCGAGAGAAUAGUGUAUUUACAGUCAUGCAAGGUGCUGCUUUAUUAUAGUUUACCACCUAAAAAACAAGUUGGUACUUUUUUUAUUUACAACAAACUUGUUCAGAUAUUUUUACCCGCUUACAUUAUCUAUUCCAGUGAUUGCACGGCUCUUCGUCGUCUCUACCAUUCCUCCAACGCCGAGAAAGUGUUUACUGAUGAGGAAACGAAUGGCACGACCCCUUCUGCGACCAGUUCAUAUUGAAACCAGUUAAAAUCCCCACAGUCAGUGUGACAUUGCCCUCUCUGGUCCGCGGCUCGUCCGGAUGAUCUCUGCAGCGACCGCAUGACUCCAGGAGCCUGACGCACCGGCGGACCCAGCGGACACGCACACGAGACCAUGGAAUUAACAUCAAAUGAUAGUGACUUCUGGCAAUUCAACGAAACGUGGAGGAACUCCAGCCUCGGCCAUGUGGCCCCUAAGUUAAACCAAACGAACCCUUUGAAGCGCAACGAAGAGGUGGCCAAGGUGGAGGUGACCGUGCUCGCCCUGGUGCUCCUGCUGGCGCUGAUCGGGAACCUGUGCGUCCUGCUGGCCAUCCACACCACCAAGCACAGCAAGUCGCGCAUGUACUACUUCAUGAAGCACCUCAGCAUCGCCGAUCUGGUGGUCGCGAUCUUCCAAGUUCUCCCUCAACUCAUCUGGGACAUUACUUUCCGCUUCUACGGACCUGACAUUCUGUGCAGACUGGUCAAGUACUUCCAGGUGGUCGGGAUGUUCGCGUCCACCUACAUGUUAGUGUUGAUGUCCAUAGACAGGUGCCUGGCCAUCUGCCAGCCCCUGCGCUCCCUGCACCGGAGGAAAGACCGUUUUUAUGUCAUCCUGUCCUGGUUGAUGAGCCUCUUUUUCAGCGCGCCACAGAUGUUCAUCUUCUCCCUGAGGGAGGUAGGGAGCGAGGGGUCGGGCGUGUAUGACUGCUGGGGGGACUUCGUGCAGCCUUGGGGAGCCAAGGCCUACAUCACGUGGAUCAGUCUGACCAUCUAUAUUAUUCCUGUGACCGUCUUAAGUAUCUGCUAUGGAUUAAUAAGUUUUAAAAUAUGGCAAAACUUUAGGCUUAAAACCAAGCGAGACCACGGCAUUAACCUCACGCCCCGGAUCUCCAAGGCGAACGCCAUCUCCCGGGUGAGCAGCGUUAAGCUCAUCUCCAAGGCGAAGAUCACCACGGUCAAAAUGACCUUUGUGAUCGUGCUGGCUUAUAUCGUGUGUUGGACCCCGUUUUUCUCCGUUCAGAUGUGGUCUGCGUGGGAUCCAGCAGCGCCCAGAGAGGCCAUGCCCUUCAUCAUCUCCAUGUUGCUGGCCAGCCUCAACAGCUGCUGCAACCCCUGGAUCUACAUGUGCUUCGCGGGCCACCUGUUCCAGGACCUCAGGCAGAGCUUCGUGUGCUGCCCCACGCGCUACCUCAAGUCGGCCCGCUGCCAAUGUGAGAGGGACUUUGAGUCCAGCCACAAGAGCAACUCCUCCACCUACGCCAUCAAGAGCACCAGCAGCCAGAGGAGCGUCACUCAGACGUCUAACACAUAGAGCCUCCGCCUCCCUCCACCACCACCUCCACCUGUAAACCCCGUCUCACCGUUCCACGCCUGUGCGCCCUCGACAUAACCCAGGCAGUAAGAUGCUG